GUUAAUCAUCUUUUACUUCAAAUUCUUCUUUCAUUUGUCUGAAGUCAUCUUUUUGUUUUUCAGUUUUUAUUAGCUACCACCGUGCUCUCUGUCGCCAGAAGAAGAGGAGCCGUAGUCGUGCGUGUUUUAUUAUUAUUAUUUUGGUUUUCCACACCUGUCCGCGCCUCCCCAUUUUACGACUCCCCGUCGUUUCCGCCGCCUCGUUUUUUUUCCUGUUUUGCUUCUGCGUGUGUGUCUGUCGGUGACGGAGGCAAACAAGACGGAAAGAAGGGCUGGUACACCAUCAAAACAAAGGACGAAAUAUUAACUUCUUAUUAACAUAAUAGCUGCACUGCGGUUUUCCACUUGGAGUAAAAAAAUCCUGUUUCUUGGUCUUUUUCUUCCUUAUUUCGCUAGAUUAUUGAAGGCAAAAAACAGGCGUUCUGCUCUAACUUAAGGGAAAAUACAAAAGACCUAAGAGAAAAGUCUUGUAAGACAGCUAACGCAAGCCAACUCAGCCGACAGCAUCUACCCCUUUUUUCUUUUCUUUCGCCUUUCACGGACUCGUGUCUCGUGUAUUUUCAUUCACACUACAGGGUACGGCUUUUUCUCCGUGCGAGUUUGCUGUUCCGCAAAUCUGGUUGUUUACGUUUUUGCUUGUACAUUUUUUCUCCCCCUUUCCGAUGUCAAUCUUCUACAUCUUCGCCAGCGCGCUCAUCGCACUCGCGGGCUACUUCUACAUCCAGCUGAACCGAAAGGCUGGCGGCGAUUACGUGACGGUGUCCGGCGGUGCCCACGGGAAAGGCUCCGGUCAUGGGUCGCCCACCACUCCCGCUGGCGGCUCGAGCCCCAACUCUUCGACAGACAACAAGGAGGUUCUCGUUCUCUUCGGCUCGCAGACCGGCACGGCGGAGUUGUUCGCCAAGACGCUGACGCGCGAGGGCGCGAAGAUGGGCGUGCCGAUUAAGAUCUGCGACGUGGAGAGCUACGAGAGCUUCAACUUGGAGUACGAGCGACUUGUCAUUCUCAUCUGCGCCACCUACGGCGAGGGUGAGCCGACCGAUACGAUGAAGGACUUCCACGACUGGAUGUUUGACGACUGCCGCGCCGUUGGGGAGGAGCUGGCGAACGUCAAGUACACCGUCUUCGGACUCGGGGACCGUCAGUACAAAUACUUCUGUGAGGAAGGUAUCGUGAUGGACCGCCGCUUCGACGAGUUGGGGGCGAAGCGUAUUUACGGCCUCUCCUGCGGCGACUCCGGCGGCGGUCAGCUGGAAGAGCAGUUCGAUGAGUGGUGCAAGGACCUGUGGCCAGCCGUGGGGCGUGCGCUGAACAUCAAGAUCAAGGAGAACACCGAGGAGCCGGUGGAGCCGGAGUGCCGUAUGAAGUACUGGGAGGAGAAGGAAGCACCGCUGCCCUUCCCCAAGACCGCCUCCGUGCUCGAGCCCACGCAGCGUCUGCCGGUAUGGGUACCGAUGAUGAGGAACGAGGAGUUGCUGAAGUCGGUCAGCGACGGCAACAGCACCCUCGCCAUCGACUUCAACACGAGCGACACGAUCAUCUCCUACCAGGCCGGUGACCACCUUGGCAUUUUGCCUUGCAACUCCGACGAGUUGGUGGCGGAGUACCUCAAGGUGCUGAACGUGUCGGACGAGGAGGCCGGCCGCGUCUUCUCACUGCAGGACAAGAAAACGCUCAAGAACGUCUUCCCGUCGCGCGUGGCGCCGCGGACGGCGCUGAAGUGGUACAUCGAUCUCGCUGGCGUCCCGAAGAAGUCAACGCUGCGUGCCUUCGCGCACUGCUGCACUGACGCCGCGCAGAAGGAGGAGCUGCUGCGCAUCCUGCGUGUCAACCCGGAGGCGCAGAACGAGUUUGCGAAGCUGUGCAAGAAGCUGCGCACCAUGCAGGGUUUCCUGCGCCACUUCGACUCCGCCAAGGUGCCGUUGUCCUUCUUCCUGGAGCUGAUGCCGCGCAUCACGCCGCGUUACUACUCCAUCUCGUCCGACAUCCUCUCCACGCCGAACUCUGUUGGGACGACCAUCGGCAUCGUGAAGGGCGGCCUCUGCACGAGCAUGCUGGCGAGGAUGCAGAUUGGCGACAAGGUGCCGGUGUUUGUGCGGAAGUCCACCUUCCAUCUGCCGCUGCGCCACAAGGAGCGUCCGAUCAUCAUGGUCGGCCCUGGCACCGGUGUCGCGCCUUUCAUCGGCUUUUUGGAGCGCCGUCGUGCGUGGCAGCAGAAGGGGGCGACGCUGGGCAAGGCGAUCCUCUUCUUUGGCUGCCGCCGCCACGCCGAGGACCACAUCUUCGAGGAGUACUGCACGCAGGCCCUGCAGGACGGCGUGCUGUCGGUGCUGGACACCGCGUACAGCCGCGACCAGGCCUACAAGAUUUACGUGCAGCACCGCGUGAAGGAGCGUGCGGCGGAGCUGUGGGAGAUGCUCUCGGCCGGCGCGAAUGUGUACGUCUGCGGUGACGCGAAAUUCAUGGCCAAGGACGUCGAUGCGGAGCUCAAGCGCGUUGUGGAGGUGGAGGGAAAGAUGACGCCCGAGGCGGCGGCGGAGUUCAUGAAGAAGAUGGAAACCGAAGAGCGCUAUCUCAAGGAUGUCUGGUCCUCUACCUUGUAG